AAUUUUACCUCCACUAUACUAAUACGAGGUAUAAGCAGCAGCAGUUAAAGCCUCCAUAUCCCCCUCACCGCGGGAAAAGGGAAAAAAAGAGGAUAUUUUGGUGCGACCUGGAUCUCCCUCCAAAACACUCCCAAUUACAAACCAAUAAACAAACCCUAGAUUGAUUUAUGUGUAUCACAAAACCCUAAUUGCGCUCUCCAAUGUCAUCGGACCACUCUAAAACUCCGGUCAAGUACGUCGCCGUCAGCGACCUCUACUCCUCCACUACUCCCUGCGGUGGCGCCGCCGGAUCUAAGAAGGUCAAGGCGCGCAAGCUCCCGGAAUUCGAUGAUGAUCGGAGGCCUCCCGUCACCAGGAUUUACUCGCGACGGAGCGACAAGCAUGAGGAUAAUGUGUUCGAUAAUUUGAGUGCGGGGAAGUCGGAGAGUGUUGAUGAUGAUUUGGUUGGGGGUAAGUCGGUUAAGAGGAGGAGAUUGGGGAGUAGCGAGCUGAGUCGGUUGGGGGUGGAUUCCAGUCUGUUGAGGAGUUUGUGUUCGGAGCGGAGUAGUCGCCGGAAAAGCGGUGGUGAGGGGAAGUUGCAGGUUAAGGGGGAGAAUUCGAGGCAGAAGGUUGGGGGUUCGGGUUUGAUUGACAAGAAAAAAUGGACUUGGUUGAGCUACAAGUGUGACCCUACGAAUUUGGUUGGAUUACAAUGCAAGGUAUACUGGCCCCUGGAUGACGACUGGUACACUGGUUCUGUUGUUCGGUACAAUGAGGGAUCUAAAAAGCACCAUGUAAAAUACAAGGACGGUGAUGAGGAAGAUAUUAUUCUAUCAAAUGAGAAAAUAAAAUUUUUUGUAUCUCCCGAGGAGAUGCGACAUUUGAACUUGAGUAAUGGUAUUGGUAGUUCAAAUACAGAGAAUCUUGAUAUUAAUGAGAUGGUUGUUUUGGCUGCUAGUUUGGAUGACUGUCAUGAGCUUGAUCCUGGGGAGAUUAUAUGGGCCAAGCUUAGUGGUCAUGCUACAUGGCCAGCAAUUGUUUUGGAUGAAUCUGUUAUUGGUGGUCGUAAAGGUCUAAACAAAAUUACAGGCGAGAAGUCAAUAUUGGUUCAAUUCUUUGGCACACAUGAUUUUGCUAGGGUGAGAAUGGAACAAGCUAUUCCAUUCCUUAAAGGGCUUCUUUCUUCUUGCCACACAAAGUGCAAGAAAACAGGAUUUGUCCGAAGCUUGGAUGAAGCUAAGAUGUAUCUUAGCAAACAAAAACUUCCAAAGAGGAUGUUACGGUUACGGAAGAGCAAUACAAGUAAUGGAUGUGCUAAUGGAGGUGAUGAAGAAAGUGCUGAUUCAGAUGACGAGGUCACCAGAGAUACAGAACUAAAGAGAACCCUGGAGAGGAUCCAGAAUUGUCCAUUUGAAAUUGAGGACUUGCAAGUACAAAGCUUUGGAAAUAUUGUCUCAGACUCGGACUGUUUCUACGAAGAUAUAUAUAUCUGUCCAGAUGGAUAUACUGCUGUGAGAAAGUUUCCUUCAAUAUUAGAUCCAAGUGUACACAUGUCAUAUAAGAUGGAGGUGCUGCGAGAUCCUGCUGCAAUAGGCUUGCCUCUAUUUAGAGUUACAUCUGAAAAUGGGGAGAAGUUUGAAGGAUCAACAUCAACUUUUUGCUGGGAUAAAAUUUAUAGAAGAAUAAGAAAGAUGCAUUCUCGUGGCAAUGAUGCCUUAAAAGUAGCUGGUGUGUUGAAAAGUACUAUUAGAUCUGGUCCCGCGAUGUUUGGCUUCUCUCAUCCUGAAAUUUUGAAAAUUAUGCAGGUGCUAUCAACUUCAAAGCUUCCCUCAAAAAUCUUCCAGGUCCCAGACAAGAAACAUCACGACCUGCCGGUUGGUUUCCGACCAGUUCAUGUUAAUUGGAAUGAUCUCGACAGGUGCAAUGUGUGCCAUAUGGAUGAGGAGUACGAGAACAAUCUAUUUCUGCAGUGUGACAAGUGCAGAAUGAUGGUUCAUGCUAGAUGCUAUGGAGAACUGGAACCCAUUGACGGGAUACUUUGGUACUGUAACCUAUGUCGUGCAGGAACUCCUGAAUCUCCCCCACCCUGCUGUCUUUGUCCUAUUAUAGGUGGUGCCAUGAAGCCAACAGUAGAUGGACGGUGGGCUCAUCUUGCAUGUGCAAUAUGGAUACCAGAAACUUGCUUGUCUGAUGUUAAGAAAAUGGAACCCAUUGAUGGGCUGAGUAGAAUUAACAAGGACCGGUGGAAGCUUUUGUGUAGCGUAUGUGGUGUUCCUUAUGGAGCUUGUAUCCAGUGCUCCAACAGUAGUUGUUAUGUUGCAUAUCAUCCUCUGUGUGCAAGGGCAGCUGGAUUCUGUGUUGAGCCUGAGGAUGAAGACAGAUUACAUAUGAUUCCUAUAGAUGAGGAUGAGGACAACCAGUGGAUACGCUUGCUCUCCUUCUGCAAGAAGCAUAGGCCUUUAUCUCCUGAUCAUUUGUUUGCUGGUGACAGAAUUAACAGAACUGCGUGCCAACACACCGACUACACUCCUCCUGUGAAUUCAUCUGGUUGUGCUCGCACUGAGCCUUAUAAUUCCUCUGUGAGAAGAGGAAGGAAAGAACCAGAAGCUUUGGCUGCUGUAUCUUUGAAGCGCUUAUAUGUGGAGAACAGACCUUACUUGGUCAGGGGCUACAGCCAACAUGAGUCAUUGAGCAAUGUGAAGUGUUCCAGAACUGUUGAUAAUUAUAAAAUAACUCUUGAACUUGAAAAGUUAAAGUCUGGUGACCGUGAUGCUACUAAUAACAUCCUUUGCAUGGCUGAGAAAUAUAAUCAUAUGAGGAAAACCUUCAGAAAAAGACUGGCAUUUGGUAAAUCUGGAAUACAUGGUUUUGGGAUCUUUGCAAAACAAGCACAUAGAGCAGGAGACAUGGUAAUUGAAUAUACUGGUGAAAUUGUUCGUGCUCCAGUCGCUGACAGAAGGGAACACCAUAUAUACAAUUCAUUUGUCGGCGCCGGCACUUACAUGUUUCGAAUUGAUGAUGAACGCGUCAUUGAUGCAACACGGGCAGGAAGCAUAGCUCAUUUGAUUAAUCACUCAUGUGAACCAAAUUGCUAUUCAAGGGCUAUUACUGUGAACGGUAAUCAGCACAUAAUCAUAUUUGCGAAGAGAGAUAUAAAACAAUGGGAAGAACUGACAUAUGAUUACAGAUAUCUCUCUAUUGAUGAACAACUUGCUUGCUACUGUGGCUUUCCAAGAUGCCGUGGUGUUGUUAAUGAUAUCGAUGCAGAGGAACAGAAGGCAAAACUAUAUGUUCCACGCAGUCAACUUAAAGAAUUGAAAAGAGAUUGAGAG